GGACCUCAUCGACAUCUCGCUCUCCAACCUGCGCGGGCUCCGCACCAAGUGCGCCGCGUCCAACGACCUCACGCAGCAGGAGAUCCGCACGCUGGAGGUGAAGCUCAUCGACUACAUCCACCGGCAGCGGCAGUGCAAGCUGAGCGUGCCCCUGAGCGACAGGACGGCCGAGCUCAACAGCUACCCCCGCUUCCACGACUGGCUGGACAUCGUCAACGUGAGGAAGGAGGUCGUGCAGAGGAUACCAGAGGAGCUGACCUUGGAUGCCUUACUAGAAAUGAAUGAGUCAAAGGUGAAGGAAACAAUGAAGAGGUGUGGUGCCAGAGAUGAGGAGUGCUCCAGGCUCAACGGGGCACUGAGCUGCCUACGGAAGGUGACAGAAUCAGGUGGGGAGCUGAAGGACGACGUGCUGGUGACCCCGCCCGAGGCGCGCCGGGACAGCGGCUCCUGCCCGGACCCCGCGGCCCUGCCCGUGCCCAGGGCCAGCCCCCAGCCCCGCUGUGGGUCCGUGUCCACGGCCCCCCCCGCAGACCCUCUGCAGAGCCUCGGCCCCUCCGUGUACACAGAGAGCCUCCUGGAGCCCCCGGUGCCCCCGGCCCAGGGCAGGCUGGCACCCAGGACUCACAGCAUCACCAUCACCCCCCCGGCCACCCCGCAGGCCAAGCGGCGCCACAAGCUGAAGCCACCACGGACUCCUCCCCCCCCUUGCCGGAAGGUUUUCCAGCUGCUGCCCAACUUCCCGACCCUCACGAGGAGCAAGUCCCACGAAUCACAGCUGGGAAACAGGAUAGAUGAAGUUCCUCCAAUAAAGUUCGAGCUCUCCCAGGGAUCCCCUCAGACGGUACGAAGAGACUUUGGCCUGGCAGUGACACACAGGUUCUCUACAAAGUCCUGGCUGUCUCAGAUCUGCCAAGUCUGUCAGAAGAGCAUGAUGUUCGGGGUGAAGUGUAAGUACUGCAGAUUAAAAUGUCACAACAAAUGUACUAAAGAGGCACCUGCUUGUAGAAUAUCCUUCCUUCCCAUAGCAAAAAUAAGAAGAACAGAGUCUGUCCCCUCUGAUAUCAAUAAUCCAGUAGACAGACCCACAGAACCACAGUUUGGAACUCUCCCCAAAGCACUAACUAAAAAGGAGCAUCCACCAGCAAUAAACCACCUGGACUCCAGCAGUAAUCCUUCCUCUACAACCUCAUCUACUCCAUCUUCCCCAGCACCUUUCCAGUCUUCCAACCCUCCCAGUGCAACUCCUCCCCCCAACCCCUCUCCCAUGGGCCAGAGGGACGGGCGCUUUAACUUCCCAGCUGCCUACUACCUUCAGCAUAGACAACAGUUUAUCUUCCCAGAAAUUCCCAGUCCUGCACAAACAGCACAACCUCCAGAAACUGCUGCAGACACUACCACUGCCCAGCCAGGCCCGGGCGGAGCUGGACGGGAGGCAGAGGUGGAAGAACCAGAGGCAAAUAAAUCGGAGCCCGAGGAUGACGAGGACGAGGUGGAGGAUUUGCCGAACCGGCGGCCGCACCUGCAGGGGAUGAUCUACCGCAAACCCAGCCAGACCAGCGUGUACCUGCAGGAGUGGGACAUCCCCUUCGAGCAGGUCCAGCUGGGGGACCCCAUCGGCCAGGGCCGCUGGGGGAAGGUCUACAAGGGCAAGUGGCACGGGGAGGUGGCCAUCAGGCUGCUGGAGAUCGACGGCAACAACCAGGAUCAUCUCAAGCUCUUUAAAAAGGAGGUGAUGAACUACAGACAGACCCGGCACGAGAACGUGGUGCUGUUCAUGGGAGCCUGCAUGAACCCCCCUCACUUAGCAAUCAUCACCAGCUUCUGCAAAGGAAGGACACUGCACUCCUUUGUGAGGGACCCCAAGAUAUCCCUGGACAUUAACAAAACCAGGCAGAUAGCACAGGAGAUCAUCAAGGGCAUGGGGUAUCUCCACGCAAAGGGCAUCGUACAUAAGGACCUGAAAUCCAAGAAUGUUUUCUAUGACAAUGGCAAAGUUGUGAUCACCGACUUUGGAUUAUUUGGAAUUUCGGGUGUGGUUCAGGAAGGAAGGAGGGAGAAUGAACUGAAGCUGCCUCAUGACUGGUUGUGCUACCUGGCCCCCGAGAUCGUCCGUGAGAUGGCCCCAGGGAAAGAUGAAGACAAGCUGCCUUUCUCCAAAGCUGCAGAUAUCUAUGCCUUUGGGACGGUGUGGUACGAGCUGCAGGCCCGGGAGUGGCCGUUCAGGACCCAGCCUGCCCAGGCACUCAUCUGGCAGAUCGGCAGCGGCGAGGGCGUCAGGCAGCUCCUGGCAACCGUCAGUCUGGGCAAGGAGGUCAACGAAAUCCUCUCGGCGUGCUGGGCCUUCGACGUGAGCGAGCGGCCCAGCUUCACUGUCCUCAUGGAUAUGCUUGAAAAACUGCCAAAACUGAACCGCCGGCUCUCCCACCCGGGGCACUUCUGGAAGUCUGCUGACAUUAACAGUAGCAAAGUUGUCCUGCGUUUUGAAAGAUUUGGCUUGGGGAUCCUGGAGCCGAGUAACCCAAAGCUGUAGCCCGGUGUCCUUGUGACCUGUUUCUGCUCCCACACAGCACCAGAAACCCUCAGUGGCUCCUCCGUGCCGAGGCUGGUGCAGCCCCUCUGAAGACCAUCAGCUCAGCCCCGUGUCCUGCCUGAGCACCAGCAGUUAUUUAAACAAUGUUUACAUGAUACUUUUGUGUGAACUAUAUUUUUUUAAACAUAAUAAACAGUGAAUCAAGUUUAACUACAGCCAUUCUCAAAUAGCACUGAGAUAGAAGAAGAGUUUCUGGUUCCUCCUUGUGUCUGUGGUCAGUAGGAGCCAGGCUCUGCCUUGGGAGCUGUGGGUUCCCUGAGCUGGGGGACAGUUGCUGCAGAACAGCGACGUGGCUCCUACGAGGCACUGCCUCCCAGAGAGGGGUUUCCUUCAUGGAGGUAAAGCCCAGCCUGCUGCACUGGGACCUGCCCAAAGCAGGCACUGAGCCCCGAGGUCUGUUUGAGCAGGGCUGGUCCAGCUCUGGGUCACCCUGAACUCAGCACAGAUGUCCUGCUGCAGGAGUGCCUGCCAUGGGGGCUGGCUCAGUCAGUGACUCAAGUGCUCUUCUCCACAGAACUCACACUAAAACCUGCUCCUUCUCAUACAAUCCCAGAGGAAUUGAGACUUGCUGGCUUUUAAAAAUAAACCCCUGACAUGUCACAGCUCUGCACAGAGGGCAAAUUCUUCUUUUGAAAUUUAGGCACAAGUUCCAGUCCCCUAAAGUUGUGGCAUUUCUGGAAACAUAACACUGUCCAACAGCCUCGACCCUUCCAGCCCCAUCACUGUUGCAGCUGUAGAAGAAAACACAUUUUCCAGAGCUGCAGGGUGACAUGGGACCCCCAAAGAGAAUUGAAUCAGAUAAUGGGACUCACUUUCAGAAUCAUCUUAUAAGCUCUUGGACAAAGAAACAGGGCAUCAAGUGGAUCUAUCACAUCCCUGAUCACCCAAAGCCUCUGGGAAGAUUGAGAGGUAGAAUGGGCUGUUGAAGACUAUGUUAAGAGCAUUAGGUCAUGGGACAUGGAAGCAUUGGGAGGCAAAUUUAGCUGAAGCCUCUUGGCUGGUCAGCACCAGGGAAUCUGCCAACCACCCUGGUCCUGCCCAAACGAAACCCCUGCACACUGGGGGAGGAGAGGAGGUCCCCAUCCUACACACGGGGAAGUCAGUGUGGGUUUCUCCUCCCAUGGGGAAAGGCAAACCCAUCAUGGGAUUGUCUUUGCUCAGGGACCAGAGUGUACCUGGCAAGAGGGACAGGAAAAGGGAAAAGCUGGCCCUAAAAAUGCAUUGUCAGGCCUUGAUGCACCGAGCUUGUUAAGAGCUUCAGAGUCAUUGCACAUACACAGUGUUGCCACCACCUACCAUCAGUCCCAUUUAAACCUGCAAGCUCUUUGCGAAAAAUACAGGACUCCAGCAGUUGUUUUGGGUAAAAAACUUAAGAACAACAGAAAUCUUGCAACCAGGAAGGGUCUGGAGGCCCUGCCUCAGUCCAACAGCUCAGACUUGUUUCAAAGGUUUGUUUUAAGACCAAAAACACACACCCCCCCUUCAGUGCACAGUGUGGGGGUUAUGGAGCCAGCAGCCAGUGACCACAUUGAGGUGAUGGAUUCAUCAUCCUCUUGCCAAUUAACUGCAGUCUCUCUUACCAGAGGCUCCCUCGUGCUUCCCAUCCAUGUUCCUCAGCUUCUGCAGGAGGACCCCCAGUACCCCACAACCCUUGUCUGUUCUUGUCUGUGCAGCCCUGGUUUUGCUGAGACAGGUCCUUAGGGCUCCCUGGGACUCGCCAGGUUUCAUUUCUCCAACUGCUGCAGCUCAUUACACCCCCCAGGUCCCCUUCCCCACCAUCACAAGGAUUUCACCUGAAGCUUGAGGAGGGAAGCUCUAAAAUCCUGUGGGCAACCAAAGUGCCAGCCCUUGGUUCGGCUGCCUUGUGUGGGGAACUAAGUGGCACAAAACCUGAGUUCUGUUGAGCAGAGACCUUCACUCCUGUGUGUCAGCUGUAGCCUCUUCCAAGUGUUUAGACAGACUUUUGAAAUGUGUCUUGGACAUAAAAGAGAAAUGGGUUUGGCAUGGCCAGGUGUGGCCUGGCAGUCCUCUCUGCUCCCCUUCCUCUCCCCUGGUAAAGGCAAAUCAAGCCCCUCCUGGCACAGCAGGUUCACCUGCACCCUCGGGCUCCGCAGGACUCGCUACUGUUUGUUUUCUCUCAGUAAUUGUGUCAGCAGCUUUAAGCAGAAGUUGUUUUCCCACAAGUGCUGCUUAAAUUACAGCAGCACAGCACAAACCCAAAGCAGGGAGUGCUGCCUCUCGGCUGGAACCCCCCGUGGGCUUCCUCCAGCCUGUCCCUUUGCAGCCCCUGGGCUCAGUCCAUGUCGGGGACACCCGGGAUGCUCAGGUGGGAACUCAGCGUGUGCUCAGGUUCUGUCUCAGAGGCCAGGCUGGGGAAGCACAUCCAGCACUGGGUGUGCAGCCAGAUUGAAACAAAGAAUUAAAAAACCCAACAGACUGUCACCAUUUGUCCUUCCUGCAACUGCCCUCACAUGCAGUUCAAACCCUGGCUGUGGGGACCCUUCCUGCCCCUCUGUGCCCCAGGUCAGUGUGCUGGACACUGAGACGUGUCCCACCGAGCUGGGAACAUGCCCUGCUGCAGUCCUGGGCACGGGGGGUUGUUCAAAACCUGCCCCUAACAGAAUUUGGCAUUCUAAUCUGACCUGACCUGGGUGGUGUGUGGAACUCCCAUAAAUUGCCCUUCAACACCAAGCCCAGCCUCUGGUCCCAGUGCAGCCCAGAGGACAGACCAGUUCCUGUCUCUGGGGUUAUUUUUGUGUCAAUCAGUGGCACUGGGCUGAGCCACCACAGGGCCUGGGGGUCAGGGCUCUGCUGUCCCUCAGCAAACCAAGCCAGUCCCUGGGUUGUGUUCAUGUCACACGUCCUGUCCCCUCCCGCUGGAGCUGUGACAAUGCUGCUACAGGAGCCACAUGUCAGUAGUGAAUGUAAAUGGUCUGUAACAUGGUGAACAUGGACACGUUUUCUUUUCAAAUGUGAUGUAAACUUUGUACAGUACAAAUUUUUUUUUAUAUUUUCUAUGAACUGUCUUCCAGAAUUGCUAUUAAAUUAAUUACAAAUUGUUAGGAUUAACAACAGUUUCUGUAUUAGUUUAUGCAACCAGCAAAAGAAAAAAAAAGAAAAAAACCCUAAGAGUGCACUCUAUGCUACUGGAAUUCUGGAUAUGUAGGAAUCUUUUCAGUGAAUAAAUCUUUGCUCUGGAUAAAGUGA